ACCUGUACAAUCCUGAUAAAUAAGAGAUACCUUAUCUACAUAUAUAAAGGUUUUUUUCUUCAAAAAUAAAUAACGAUUGAGUUGAACUUUCACCUGAUUUCCAAACUUUGGACUAGAUUUCUGGCCUGCUGUACAUUUUAUCACCAGAGAUUAUAUAGUGGCGACAUGGCUGCACAAUAUUAGCUCUCGAGGACACGCCUAUACAACCUAUAGGUAUAAACAACAUAGAACACGGUAACAACCAUUCAGCCUAGAAAACUUAGACAUUUCAAAAUGGACAGUGAUUACCCUGCAGUCAAAAUGAAGAACAAAGUUGAGGAUAUUGAACUAGACAGUACUGGACCAGAUCAUCAGGGAGGUAUCGCAUCAGCACCAAGUCAACAAGGCAACAAUUCCGGUAAUAUAUCACCUGUCGAUGGGGACAACACCAGAAGUGACGACGAGGUCACUACCCUGAACAAGUCUAGUAAGGACAACAAGGCAAUUGAGCGGGGGAAAUCUCCCGGGAGUUGGUCGAACAAGGCAUUAAAGACCUCAGAGAAACGAAAGGCAGCACAUGAUGCCGAUAUUAUUGAGGAGCUCACUAAAAUAGGGCACUGUGCAAAACUGAGACAUAAUUUCUGCUUCAAAACGUUUGUAUUUGCUGUUGUUAUGGCCCUGAAUGGAGUGGACAUGAUAGCGGAUUGGUUACUGUUCCGAGAUGUGUUUGAGACACAGGAAGGUCUGGUGUACGGGCCUCCUGAUAAGGCCAUUACCUAUUCCUUACUGGCUUUCUCCAUCCUUGGAACACUGACAUUUCUGUUUGAGGUAGUUAAUUUAUGGUGGGAGAUUUACCGUGAGAAUCCCUGGAUAAAUGCCGACCUCGCAUCUGCAGUGACCAUCUGGAUUGAAGACAUUCCACAGAUUAUAAUCAACCUCUUCAUUGCAUUGUGUCGUGAGGAGGCCAUCAGUUAUUUCCAGUUGGUGAAGGCAUCUGUUAUUAUUGUAAGUGUCAUCAUCAGGAUCGUCGUCUCUCUCAUUCGUUACUGUAAUAAGAAAAACCUUGCCGAGCUACACGACCACACCAAGACGUCUUGUCGUCAUGUGACAUAUCGCUUCUUAAUAAUGAUUGGGCUGAUGGGUAUAUUUGCCUGCUCUAUAGCUGUUUUCUUCCUUACACAGUUUGAGAGAACUAUAGACGGGAAAAUAAAAUUCAAUCUGCCAAAGACUGCAUUUGAAGGGCAGUACGAUGAGGAGCGUUACUUCCAGAAUGUCAGUAUGUACCUACAUCACCCUCUUAUUGACUUUGAUAAUGGUAGCCAUGACAACAAUGAUGUUAACUGGAUCCGACUCAUCAGUCUGUAUGAUGUGAGAGAGAAAAACACAGAGGUGUUCAAGCUUGUAUAUGACCAGACUAAAACAAAAAUAGUGAUAUGGCAGACAGACUCCUCUGGAACACUAACCAUCAGUGACUGCUACACACUUGACAGAGCGGCAAAGACAGUAACACAGGCCACUUCCUGUGCAUCACACAUUACUGGACCAAAAUCAGCUUUCAUUUUCAAAUUUGAAUUUGUCAAAAAGAAAAUUCCUAAUUUGAUAUUUGGAGAUGUAAGAUUCAACCUCAUUGUUAACGAAAAUGGUAACUGUCAUGGUCCUUCUACUUCCUUAGUAACAAAACUGAGUGAUCGUAGAGACAAAUCAACCAAUCAAAUACACCCUGUCAUACACUAUUACCGGACAAACAAUGUAAAUGAGGACCACCAUUUACUUUGGACAAGCAGAGCUAAUAGUGCUAGGUUUUACAGAAACCAGGCAGACUUGAUAGACAUUGCCACAGUGUGGAAGACAGGGUUUGCCACCUGUGAUAGUACGGGCAGUCUGGCCCCACAUAUCUACACCGGGGUCAGGGUUGACUGUCACAUCUAACAUGAUAUGGACACCCUGUCUGGCCCCAAACAUGUACAUAGGGAUCAGACUUGACUGUCACACCUAACACGAUAGUACAGACUGUCUAGCCCCAAACAUGUACAAGGGGAUCAGUGUUUACUGUCACACAUAAUAUGAUACAUUAUUGUAGUAGACUGUCUGGCCCCAAACAUGUACACGGGGAUCAGUGUUUACUGUCACCCAUAAUAUGAUACAUUAUUGUAGUAGACUACAGCCUUUAUUUACAUCUCAAUUUAAGGACAUCCAGUCCUAUAUGAUCAUACUAACCAACACACUGACAUUGUAAACCCAGUUUCAGUUGAUAUUGGCAAUGUUCAGGAUCAUCAAUUAUUUGUUGUAUAGUAUCCAAUCAUCUAUAAAACAAAAAACUUGCACAUAUCUAUUGACUACAACUUUUGUUUUUAAUAAUAUAAAUAUUAAGAAUAUUUUUUUAAAGUUUGGAACAGUUUGCAUAAAAUCCAAUAUUUCCAAACUGGCAUUAAUAAAACAUUAAA